UGAGGAGAGAAGAGAAGAGCUCUCGCAAGGAGAGAGAAACGCUCGUAGGACGUAAGGAUGCUCGCCGUUCAGCCUUCCCGAGCUUCGGUUCGCCAGCGAUGUAACUCGCAACUCUGAUGGAACUCUGCUUCUGCCUGUGGAUCUCGUUACUUGCCAACAACUCGACGACGACGUACUGAUUUGGCACUACAAAUGAAAUGUGAUAGAGAGCAUCGCGAAGUUAAUUAUAUCAUGAUUGAAUGUGGUCGCUGGCAUAUUUCUGGCAUACCGUAAGAUGCAUUGGUGCACGAGAUUCCUGAUAGACAGAUCUCGGAAAGACGCAAACACAGAGUAUAGUUCGAGCUUUGUUCACUGCCAUAAUGAAGUUCAAACACUGAUAACCGAGUGCCAGAAACGUGGAAAUCGUUACGUCAAACUCUCACGGAUAUAAAAAUAAAAAACAAGAGGGCAGAGUGACUUAUGUAUUUUACGAUUAACUAAUUAAGAAACUCGCUAUAGACAAAGUGUGCAUAAGUGCGUGUAUAUAAGUACAAAAACAAAUAAUUUUCUUGAAACAUCGUAAAUUAUUAAUGGGGUUUUGUAUGAAUAGGCAUCGCAGCAGGCAGAACUGAUUUCAUUAUGCGUGGAAAACAAAUUGAAUACCCAGCGGAGCUUUAUUGCACCAUUUAUGAUAAAUGUAACGUUGGAAGAUUGAAUAGUAAUGGCAGAAUAAUAGAGGAAACUAUUUGUAAAAUAACUGAAGAUAACAUAUAGUGUUAAGCACACACACACACACACACACACAUAUACAUACAUACACAUACACACACACGUUACACGCCACAAAGUGUAUUUCGAUUAUGGUACCGUAUUCUACUUAUUUUGUUACGUUACAUUAGAAGAACUAUGAAAAAUCAUGUGAAUUUGAUUGAAACAGACGAACUGGCAAUAAUACUGAGAAAUGAACUAAAGUUUAGUUCGGAACAGUGGAAACGGCCUGUCAACAUGUUAGCACGAGAAGACUAUCCGUUUCAUUAUUACCUGCAUUUAAGCAGAGUGAUGAGAAAAGCAUCAAUUAAAAUAUGAAUAUGAAAAGAAAUAUAUAUAGUAAGACUUCUUAGGGGUCAUGCCCCCUGGGGCAAACGGUGGAACAGAGGGCCUGGGCCCAUCCUGUUCUGAAAUACAUAACAGCCAAGAUCAUGCCGUAGCUAAACUCACACCUCCUCUUACAUUUGUUCAGCAAUGCUACAGGCACCUUAAGAGUUCCGGUGUUGGCGAGGCGAGUGUGUAUCAUGCGUUGGUUGUUAUAUUUUUGGAAUUCUUUGCAUGGGGAUUGUUAACCAUGCCUAUUAUUUCGGUACUGAACGAAACGUUUCCGGAUCACACGUUCCUGAUGAAUGGCUUAAUAAUGGGAAUUAAAGGAAUCCUGUCUUUUCUCUCCGCGCCGCUGAUUGGCGCACUUUCCGACGUGUGGGGUCGAAAAUUCUUUCUACUUAUUACGGUGGCCUUCACGUGCGCGCCAAUCCCCCUAAUGAGCAUCAACACAUGGUGGUUUUUUGCCAUGAUCUCCAUCAGUGGCGUAUUUGCUUGUACAUUCUCAGUGGUGUUUGCGUAUGUCGCUGAUGUCACGGAAGAAAAUCAAAGAUCGCUGGCAUAUGGUUUGGUAUCGGCAACCUUUGCUGCAAGCAUGGUGAUAAGUCCAGCUUUGGGUGCUUAUACUAUGACAACAUAUGGAGAAAAUCUUGCCGUAGCAUUAGCAACUGCUAUUGCAGUCUUGGAUGUGUUUUUCAUACUAGUGGCUGUACCUGAAAGUUUGCCUGAAAAAGCACGUCCACCAGCACCUAUAUCAUGGGAGCAGGCUGAUCCGUUUGCAGCUCUCGGAAAGGUUGGAAAAGAUCAUACUAUUUUAAUGCUGUGUGUUACCGUGUUCUUGAGCUAUCUUCCUGAAGCGGGACAGUAUAGUUGUAUAUUUGUUUACUUAAAACUGGCUAUGGGCUUUUCCGCUUUUAUGGUGGCUGUAUUUAUCGCUGUGGUGGGCAUUCUGAGCGUAGGAGCGCAGCUCGUCUUAGGACCCUUGAUGAGAACGCUCGGCAGCAAGCACACCAUAAUGCUCGGUCUGUUAUUCGAGAUGUUACAGCUCAUGUGGUAUGGAUUCGGCUCACAAACCUGGAUGAUGUGGGCCGCUGGAGUGCUUGCUUCGGUGUCGAGCAUCACGUACCCAGCGAUCUCUGCAUUCGUGUCCAUGCAUUCUGACGCCGACAAGCAAGGAUUAGUACAAGGUAUGGUAACAGGGAUGCGCGGUCUCUGCAAUGGACUCGGUCCUGCAAUGUUCGGUGUCAUAUUCUACCUUUUCCACGUUGAUCUUAACGACGAUACGCCCAAUCUUCCCUUAAAACCAUCCUUCGUGGACGAGAACAACAGGACGGGAACUAGUACGCACCUUGACAUAAUGCCUCAGGUACAUACAUUUUAUUUACAGCUUGUGCCAGGACCGCCGUUUGUGUUUGGCGCGUUACUUGUGAUUUGUGCGCUAUUAGUAGCCGCGUUUAUCCCCGAAUCAAAUACGAUGUCAACAGGAUCGUUGCAUCAUCCAUCCACUUCCCGGAGGCCCUCCGGUUUAUCCUUGGAUGUUCAGUAUGAGCCGGACCGAGCGGGAAGCGGAAGAGGGAAGAUCGGUCCGCUAUCACCACUAGUCGACAAUUGUAAUUCUGCGGCGCUAUAGUGUUUAUUGGGAAAGUAAAACGAGCCAUAGCACAUGAUGAGAGAAUACGCUAACUAAAAGAUUUUGGCUUUAAUCAGAGGAAGAGACCGUCGUUACGAAGUGCACCUGAAACUCGAAGGAAACUGUAAUAGAGAGAAAGAGAGAGAGAGAGAAAGAGAUGUCUAUAUUGUAUUAUACUAUUUGUUUAAGGCAGUAACUAAGCUUGAUUUUAGGAGUAUCGAUGGAACUUAAUGUUUAGGUUGUGACAAAUUUCGACAAGCAGUGCUUGUGCGAUAAAAUACGUGGGUUGAUCUCAAAGACAAGUGUAAUCACGUGACAAGCAUGUUCCGUUACGAAAGACGAAACGUUAUGAUAAAUUAGCUCUUCCUUUUCAAGAUUCUUGCGCCGAUUACUAAAUCAAAUGAAAAGCGACAGUUCUCACGCCAAGUAUCAGCGACCUCCUAAUUUUUUCUGUAAUUUGCCAACACGACACGGCGCGAUACAAAAACGGCACGUCAAUGAAAGUUAUAAUCAGUAUUUUACUAGAUUUAAUCGUUUACUCUGAUGUCGUCUCCUCUUCUUUCAUUUCUGUAUUACCACUUUCUACAUCAAGUGCUAACAUGUAAAUCGCAAUCUAUUUUUGCAUCUCGCAUACAUUCGUAGCACUAGAGAAAUAGCGUUUACACAUUCCUUUGUAAGCAUAAUUUUCGCACACGAGGGAGGGGGAAAAAAAACAACAUUAAGAUAAUUGAAAAGAAUGAACAUUCUUUGAAAUUGUACUUUUCCGUUUUGUAUAGAAAGUCAUCGAUAUAGUAAUUAUACUUACUGUUAUUGCACAUCACCCCGAUAUAAUUUUAGCUGAUUUACAUAACUUAGCUAAUUAUGUAUCCCGCGUCUCUCUUUGCACAAACUAUUUAUUUCAAUAGAUAGAAACUGCGAAAUAUAACGAGAAAGGCCUCAAUACACUCAGAGCAGGUUAUAUUAAGUGAUAGUUCGUCACGCAUUCAAAAAAACAGUGGUAGACGUCACUACUAUGGGUAAUAAAACUGUAUUAUUAAUCAUUAAUUGAAAACUUGAUAGUACUUUUAAAUUGUGUGUUACAAUGGGAUUAAUGUUAAACAAGAAAAAGAGUUCUAUGAUAGAGAAAAUAGGGCCUGUACAUAUUUUGCUUCUGUUUUACAGAAAUAUCAAAAUAAGAAAAAACAAUUCGAAAUAACAUCCAAUUUAAUCAUUUGAUCAACAUUAAUUAACGGAUCAAUAUUAAUUUGCAUCGUUAUCAAGGAUAACGCGAAAAAAUUGAAUGUUUUUACAGAAUAAUCUGUAGUGAAGAAUCGUAACUUUUCUUACUAUUCUGACUUGAAUUAUUCUGAAUCUUGUUACGCUUUUCAAAUUCACUCGUCUCCAUUAAAGCCAAAGAGUGAUUAAUGACAAGUUAGUCGAAACGAUUUUAACUAACGACAAAUUAGUUGAGAAAUAAAUCUAUUAAAUCUAUUAUGUAUAGAGGCUCGCAUAUAAUGUGCAAUACAUCCCUAUGGCGUAGGACUCCUUUGAUAACCUUUAUGUUCUGUGGACUUUUAUAUUUGCACACUCUGUCCUGGUGAUUUAAUAUACAUUAGUUAGUCGGAAACUACAUUAGUUAUCUAAUUAAUUUUCCGAGUGAUAUUAACGCGAUUUUUGUCGACAAUAGAAAAAAAAAGAAAUGUGUACUUUACUCAUAUUUAAUUGUAAUUUUCUGUUUACUGUAUACCUGUUAGAAAACGGAGGUAAUUUAAAUAUUAGAAUUGAAAGUUUCAGUCGAUAUGAUAAAAGUACGUGACUUAUGAUCUUUGUGAAAUAUAUCAAAAUUACGUGCGUUUUCUAGAAUCUAUAGCCGUCAGUAAAGUAUUACAAGAAAGAAGUAGAAACUAUGGACAGGUGUAAACAAUGCCAUUGCAGUUCUGUAGUUUCAGUUCGUAUUUCCUUAGAAUUACAGACUCGCUCCCACCGCUGGGGCAAAAUAUACACGAUUGUAUCAUAAAUACAAAACUGAAACAGGAAGAUUAUAUAAUAUUAAGGAUGAAUAAAACUUAGAGUAAGUCUUGACUCUGUCACGGGUUAAGUAAUUGUAUAAUGUAUAAUGUACGAUGAAUGCAUUAAUAAAAAGUGAUUAUUUUUA